UUAACUAAUUUCUACAUAACAUGUAUUCCAAAUUUUCAAUUUACAAGAAAAAAGUAACAAUGUUUCAUUACAUGUCAUGUAUAGAUUAAUCUAAAUUAUAUGGUGUAGGACCACCUAGCAUUACCAGUCACCAAAUAACAAGAUUUUUCUUUCUGGUUGAACCAUAUCACUAUAGCUAUGUUUGUUUUUCCGUCUAAAACUCCGUUCAACGCCAAUCCAACCUUUUUUCCAAUUAGUCACAUUGAACUGCAUUGGAAAAUGGACAAACGUUAAAACAAACACACCCUAUAUGAUUAAUUUAGUUAACAAUAACCACUUCUAUCUAGCAAGUAGCAGUUGUCUCACUACACGUUAAUCAAGUUGGAACUUGAACAUAAAAUUGACUUCAUUCAUGACUAUGACUGACGAAGUGCUACUAAUUUGUAACUGUGUUAUCCACGUAGUACACCUCAUGAACGAACCCUGCACUCUCAGAAAAUGUCAAGAUCAUUGGGUAUUUCACCUUCUUUACAUUGCUGUUAACUUUUUUUGUAAAGUGAUAUUUCCACUGUGUGAGAAUUUUCUUAGAAUUUUCAGCAUCCACAAUUUUAUUAGUACUUUUUGUUGACUUUAUAGUAUACAUCUAAUACACAACUUCCAUGGUUUUUCCGUCUCUCUCUUUCCCUCAUUUAUCUCACUCAUCCCACUUUCAUGUCCUCUCUAUAUAUGCACAUUCGGAACCCCACACUUAUUCCUACUACUUCCAAUUCCAAAUUACCUCUACUUCAUCUUGUUCUUUCUCAUCACUCUUCUUUGUUCCUUGAUUGUUGCUAUUUUUUCUCUCUCAUUUGCCAAAGCCAUGAACAAGUUUAAGAAAUCUCAAGUUCUAGUUCUCUUUGUUCUAGUUGUUCUUCUUCUCGUAACACCCUUUUUACCUUCCUCUUUGAGACCAACCUACUUGUAUUUCAUCAUAAACUUCCUCAUCAUGGCACUUUUUGCUGAAGCUGGCCUCAUUUCAGGUUUUGCUAGGCCUUUAGAAGAUAAAAAGCAAUCUGCUUCUGUUACCAAUUCCACUUCUGAGAAAAGAGAAGUUUCCAAUUCCACCCCCACUGUUGUUGUUGGUGAUGUCUCAGAACAUGUUGAAAAGUCUGCAUCUGAGAGAGUUGUUUGUGUCACCAAAGUGGACAAGGUGCAGAAUUCUCCUUCAAUGCCUACCCUUUUCUUCAUAGGGGGUGGAGAAGCUGAUGAAGAAGUCAUGGAUGAAGAGCUUGAAGCAGAAGAGGAGCUUGGAGGAGUUAAUGGGCAAGAGCUUUUUGCAAAAGCUGAGGCCUUCAUUGGGAACUUCUACAAGCAACUGAAGAUGCAAAGUGAGGAAUCUUGGAUUUAUCAAAAAGCUCUUUAGGAGAAGUGCAUUAGCUUUUACAAUAGAAUAAUGUGAUUUCUCUAGUGUGCUAGAUUGGAAAAAAUGGUUCUUUUGAGAAACCAUAUUAUUCUUCUCUGAUGGGUUUUUUUCCCCUUCCAUUGGGUUUGUACAUAUUUUAACUUCUGAAUUCUGAGAUCAAGUAUGUUUCCUAAUUAGUAUCAUCAUCAGAUAAAGUUCCAAUUAAGAGGGUUUUCGUGUGGUGAUGUUAGAUUUCUUCAUACAAUAAGAAAAAGGAGGAUGGUUCUGAAUGAUGAUAUACAAAAUCAGACAUAUGUUUGUGCCUGUCUCAUCAUCUA